AUGUCCUUUUCCACACCACCCGCCCCACACCACCCGCCCUCGCACCACCCGCCCCACACCACCCGCCCCACACCACCCGCCCUCGCACCACCCGCCCCACACCACCCGCCCUCGCACCACCCGCCCCACACCACCCGCCCUCGCACCACCCGCCCCACACCACCCGCCCCACACCACCCGCCCUCGCACCACCCGCCCUCGCACCACCCGCCCCACACCACCCGCCCUCGCACCACCCGCCCCACACCACCCGCCCUCGCACCACCCGCCCUCGCACCACCCGCCCCACACCACCCGCCCUCGCACCACCCGCCCUCGCACCACCCGCCCCACACCACCCGCCCCACACCACCCGCCCCACACCACCCGCCCCACACCACCCGCCCUCGCACCACCCGCCCCACACCACCCGCCCCACACCACCCGCCCCACACCACCCGCCCCACACCACCCGCCCUCGCACCACCCGCCCCACACCACCCGCCCCACACCACCCGCCCCACACCACCCGCCCCACACCACCCGCCCUCGCACCACCCGCCCCACACCACCCGCCCCACACCACCCGCCCUCGCACCACCCGCCCCACACCACCCGCCCCACACCACCCGCCCUCGCACCACCCGCCCCACACCACCCGCCCCACACCACCCGCCCUCGCACCACCCGCCCUCGCACCACCCGCCCUCGCACCACCCGCCCCACACCACCCGCCCCACACCACCCGCCCCACACCACCCGCCCUCGCACCACCCGCCCUCGCACCACCCGCCCCACACCACCCGCCCCACACCACCCGCCCCACACCACCCGCCCCACACCACCCGCCCCACACCACCCGCCCCACACCACCCGCUCCACACCACCCGCCCCACACCACCCGCCCUCGCACCACCCGCCCCACACCACCCGCCCCACACCACCCGCCCCACACCACCCGCUCCACACCACCCGCCCCACACCACCCGCCCUCGCACCACCCGCCCCACACCACCCGCCCCACACCACCCGCCCCACACCACCCGCCCUCGCACCACCCGCCCCACACCACCCGCCCCACACCACCCGCCCCACACCACCCGCCCUCGCACCACCCGCCCCACACCACCCGCCCCACACCACCCGCCCCACACCACCCGCCCCACACCACCCGCCCUCGCACCUGAUACCCGCCCUCGCACCUGA